AGAGCAAGCUGUGUUGAAAAGAACUUCUGCCAUGAGAUGAGGUUCUAGUAUGUAUUUGUAACUGACAUAUAAUCUGGACUUUGCACAGGAGGGAAAAAGCCUGACAUUCCUGAAAAUGGCAGCUGAGACAUCCACAGAAGUUCCAAAAACUGCUAGACAAUUCGUCCUUAAAGAAGAGGUAAUUGUAGAAAGAAAAUGGUUGAAGCUUGAAGAAACAACUUAUACUGAUCCCUUUGGUAAAACCAGAACUUGGGAAACGGUAAAGCGUACUGGCAACAAAAAGGGCGUUUCAGCUGAUGGUGUAGCAGUGAUAGCUGUGCUACAGAGAACUCUCCACUACGACUGCGUUGUCCUAGUGAAACAGUUCAGGCCCCCAAUUAACGGCUAUUGCUUGGAAUUUCCUGCAGGCCUCAUUGAGGAAAAUGAGACUGCAGAAAGCGCUGCAUUGCGAGAGUUGGAGGAGGAAACUGGGUACAAGGGGGAAGUCAUUGAAUGUACUCCAGCUCUCUGCUUGGACCCAGGUUUGUCAAACAGCACGACACACAUUGUGAGCGUCACCAUUAACGGAGAUGAGGCUGAGAAUACAAGACCUCGGCAAAAACUUGAUGAUGGAGAAUUUGUGGAAGUUCUUUCACUUCCAAAGAACGACCUACUGCAAAGAAUUGAUGAACUCAUAGCAGAAGAACAUCUUGCAGUGGAUGCCAGGGUUUAUACUUAUGCAUUGGCCCUGAAGCGUGCAGCAGAAAAACCGCUCCAAGUUCCUUUUAUGAAGUUCUAAAACUAGAAGAUGAGAAACUUAGUUGAAAACUGCCCAAUUCAGAUGGCUUAGAAGUAUAACUCUUCUUGUAGUAAAAGUCCUUUGCUUUACUUGUAGAGCAAAAAAAAGUAUUUGUAGGAAUGAUUCUGAUAUUUUUAUCUGAAAUUAUGUAACUGACAAAAAGCGUUUCUUCUAACUGCUCAUUCUAUCAAGCCUUGACAGAAUAAUCACAAUUAAAAUGCUGUUUAAUUUUCAGAA